GCCGGCGAGGCGGCCGCGGCGGCGCAGGGAGCGAAGUACUCUACUCCGGCCCCGCUCGCGGCGGAGCGGCGGCGACCGCGUGGCUCAGGGCUCCGGCGAUCGGGAUGCGCCGCGAGAGCACCCUGGCUCUCGGAGAGAAGGAGGCGCGGCCUCAGCAGCAGCAGCAGCAGCAGACGGCGGAGGAGGACAAGCGCGCGGCCGCCGGCGGGAAGGCGAUCGCGAGUUACUGGGGCGUGGAGCCUUCGAAGGUCACCAGGGGCGACGGCACCGAGUGGAGGUGGACUUGCUUUCGGCCGACGGAGACGUACAAGGCGGACCUGUCGAUAGAUCUGAAGAAGCACCAUGCGCCGCUGACGUUCCUGGACAAGUUGGCCUUCUGGACGGUCAAGUCCAUGAGAUACCCCACGGACAUAUUUUCCAGAGAAGAUAUGGCUGCCGAGCGAUGAUGCUGGAGACCGUGGCAGCGGUGCCCGGCAUGGUCGGAGGACUGCUUCUGCACUGCAAAUCGCUGAGGCGGUUCGAGCACAGUGGUGGUUGGAUCAAAGCCUUGCUAGAAGAAGCUGAGAAUGAGCGCAUGCACCUCAUGACCUUCAUGGAGGUUUCGCAGCCAAGAUGGUACGAGCGCGCCCUCGUGUUUGCAGUCCAGGGCGUCUUCUUCAACGCCUACUUCCUGGGCUAUCUGAUCUCUCCCAAAUUUGCCCAUCGGGUGGUUGGCUACCUUGAAGAAGAGGCCAUACACUCCUACACCGAGUUCCUGAAGGAGUUGGACAAUGGAAGUAUCGAGAAUGUCCCUGCUCCGGCCAUCGCUAUCGACUAUUGGCAGCUCCCCGAAGGGUCCACUCUGAGGGAUGUCGUGCUCGUGGUGAGAGCUGAUGAGGCACAUCACCGGGAUGUGAACCACUUUGCAUCGGACAUACAUUAUCAGGGACGUGAGCUGAAGGAAGCUCCUGCUCCACUCGGGUAUCACUGAAUAUUGCAGGUCACUGAAGUGCUGUGAAGGAUGAAAUGUUCGUUAUAUGCUCGAGGACUAUGUCUUUUACUAUGAAAUAAUUUCGGUACUCAUUACAGUGUUUAUAAUCCACUGUUGUGUUCAUUAAAAUGAUUCUGGCUACAGGAGUUCAUCGUCGUGAACCUCAUGGUAAUUGUACUUCGAUUCCUUUUCCCCCUUGUGAAAUAACCCCAUCUUGCUGUUGCUGAAUAAAGAACUUAUGUUUGACCAAGA